CACGCCAUGGAUUACUUAACAAUUAAAUGGAAAUACUGGUACUCCUACCUAGACGUCAACAAGGACGGCAAGAUAUCUAUUGAAGACGUCGAGGAAUGUCGUAAAAAGUUCACGGAUCUCCAUAAACUGGCGGGAGAAAAGGCCAAGACUGUCAACGUGGAUAUAGAACAAUGGUGGAACACGUACAUUUUCCGCGCAGGCGCAGGAAAGGAGAUCAGUGUCGAUGACUUUGUAUCUAUCCUGUCCGCCGAUUAUAAGAAAGACAAAGCAGGCUUUAAAGCUAGCAUGCAGAAGUGUUUCGAAAAGGUCUUUGACGUCAUAGAUAUGGAUAAAGAUCGCACUAUUGAUCUCGAUGAAUUCGUGUUUGCUUUCAGAGCGUUUGGGCACGAGAAUGAAGCAGUAUUGAAAUCCGUGUUCGAUUCGUAUGAGAAAAAGAAAGUUCCCAUGAAGCAGUUAGUAGAUUCAUGGGUCCAAUUCGUGUGUGACGAAGAUAAAUCUAAAAAAGAUGUGUUAUUGGAGGCCUUUAAAAAAGGAAUGUGAAAAAGAAAACUUGUAAAUAAUGGG